CUUUUUGCUCAUAAGGAAAACACUUAAGAAUAUGUUUGUCGUCUUUUCUUUCAUUAUUUUAUAUUAUGACAAGAUCUUUUAAUGGACUUAGUCAAAUUAAAACGAAAUGGAUUAUAUUUGUGUGUUGCUAAGUUUAUUUCUUAUUUUACCAACAGUCGAUUCCAACACAUGUCCGUCCGCAAACGGUGUUCAUGUCUUUGGAGAUAGAUGUGACUUCAUGUGUCAUUGUAAAAAUAAUGAACAAUGUGACAGAACUUCCGGUGGAUGCUCGUCUGGCUGUGAUAAAGGCUGGUUUGGACCCGGAUGUCAGUACAGAGAUCUAGCUGCGGACGGUAGAUUUUCACAAAGUUCUGCACAUCUUGCAACUGACGGAAACCUAGAAACUUGUUAUGAGACCAAAAUAAAAAAUAAACCAGCCUGGAAGAUUUCGUUUACUUCAAUCGAGACAAUUACAGAAUUACAUUUAGUAACUAAGUCCGACACAUUAGAAUAUUUUGAGAACUUUAAAGUUCUUGUACAAAAUAGAUCAAACGAAGAAAAAGAGAAACAGGAAUGUUACAAACAUGCAGGAAUAGCUCCGAAAAGCAAACAGUUCAUUGUUCUUUGUUACAGUCGAUUAGUUGGAAACAAAGUAACGAUUAAGUUGACAAAUAACAAUACACAGUUGGUCAUAUGUGACGUUAAAAUAAAUGGGGGCAGAAAUUUAGCGUUUAAACGUAAAGCCUCUCAAGUAUCGAUACAUAAAACCUGUCCGCUUAAUGCAUGUAAAGCCGAAAAUGCUGUUGACGGGAUAAAUAAUGAACAGGUUUGGUCGAAAUGCAGUUACAGCUCUGAUGUAGAAAAUGCUUGGUGGGAUGUAGAUCUUGGUACUGAAGCGAUAAUUCAUAACAUUCAAAUUGUGGCUGUUAAAGAUGCAAAAAGCAAGUAUCAAAUUGAAAUAAAAAGCAAUACAGGUGUUAAUAAUUUCCAUCGUGCGGUAACUGCAGCAGCAAAUGUAGACAUAAAUAUAAAUGUGAUUGGCAGAGUUGUUCACUUGGUGAGGGAAAUGAAUAGACGGAUACAGCUAUGCGAAGUUUAUGUCUAUGGGGAUUGUCAGGAGAAUAUGUGCGGAUACGAUUGUAAGAAACCUUGUCAUUGUCGAGAUGCAACAAUAUGGGACAAACUAUCAGGAAAUUGUUCCAAUGGGUGUAAAGACGAAUGGGAAGGUACUCAGUGUAACAUACGUUGCAGUGACGGUUACUAUGGACAGGGUUGUUCAAAAACAUGCAGCGUUAACUGUCUUAAAGAGCAAGGACGUAUACUUUGUGAUUCUGUCAAUGGUAGUUGUAUACAUAAAUGCAAUACAGGGUGGAAAGGACAACUUUGUAAUCAAGAGUGUGACGCUGGUGAAUAUGGCAAAAACUGCAAAGGAAACUGUAGCGAACAUUGUGCAGAAGGAGCAACAAAUUGUAAUCGCAUGACUGGGUUUUGCCUAUCAGGCUGUAAACCGGGAUGGAAUGGAUCACUUUGUGACAAAGAGUGUGAUGCUGGUAAAUAUGGUAAGAACUGCAAAGAAAAGUGUAGCAAAUAUUGUAACAAUGGAGCAGCAAAUUGUAAUCGCACGACUGGGUUUUGCCUAUUAGGCUGUAAACCGGGGUGGAAUGGAUCACUUUGUGACAAAGAAUGUAAAGAUGGUUACUACGGUGAAAUGUGUAUCGAAACAUGCAGUGGUCAUUGUAACGGUGGAAACAAAAAUUGUAGAAAUAUCGAUGGACAUUGUUUACUAGGUUGCAAAAAUGGAUGGAAAGGAACAAAUUGUGAUUCUGAAUGUAAUGCUGGUCAUUAUGGUGAUGAUUGCACCAAUCUAUGCAGUGUUCAUUGUAAAGAGGGAAGAAUAUGUAGACAUACAGAUGGAGAAUGUUUGAAUGGUUGCCAGGCAGGGUGGAAUGGUAAAAAAUGUGAUUCAAAAUGUAUGUCUGGGAAGUUUGGUCCGGGAUGUAAUGAAACCUGUCCUUCGAAUUGUAAACGUGAUGACUGUGGGUAUGUUGAUGGCAAAUGUAAGGGAGGGUGUAUACCGGGCUUUCAAGGAGAGAAAUGCAACACAAAAUGUACGAUCGGUACCUUUGGCGAAGAAUGUAGCAAGAAGUGUAGUGGUAAUUGUGUAGGCGGUAAUGUGAUGUGUAGACAUACAGAUGGACACUGUCAAAAUGGUUGCCAGGCAGGGUGGAUUGGAACAAACUGUUUCUCAGAAUGUGACAUUGGGUUUUACGGUAAGAACUGCUCGUCGGUGUGUGGUAACUGUCAUAUCGGAAACCGUUGCGACCACGUUACUGGCAUUUGUGAUGGAGGAUGCCAAACAGGUUACAGCGGCGACUCCUGUUUACAAGCAAUGCAAACGUCGAAUAUUUCGAAUUCGAUUGUGGCAGGGGGAGUAGCGGUUCUUGUGAUCUUUAUUUUAAUUGGAGUAAUUGCUUUCGUUUGGUAUAAGCAACGCAAUCAGAAUAAAAGAAAAGAUGAACAAAGAGGUGACGUGGAGCUCACGGACGCUGUUGCGACUGCUAGCAAUGAAAAUAGAAGGCCAUCUCAUGGUGUAAAUACGCAAUCAAAUACAGCAGAUGACAGUGGAAGUGCGGCGGCAGCGGAUGCAAACAUUUACAACAACUUCCCGAUGCAAAGUAUCACCAGGAAUGCCAUACAACUGUCAAACCUUCUACCAUAUGUCAAAGAGAAUCUGACCAAUCCUGACCACUUUGCAACUGAAUUUCAGGAUAUACCGUAUGGAAUGAAAAAGUCGUCUGCUGUUGCCAAGAAAUCGUUUAACCGCGGAAAGAACAGAUACAAGGAUAUGCAUGCAUAUGAUGAAACACGUGUUAAGCUGAAAAAACUGCCAAACAUACAGGGAUCAGAUUAUAUCAAUGCGAGUUUCAUCAAGGGACAUCACAAAGAAUAUGCCUACAUAGCGGCACAAG